AUGAUCUUCUUCUCACACUGCAAGCCUCGCCGGCUUCUGCAGGAGGCGCAGCGCACUGUCGAAGUGCAGGUAGAAGCUGAGCUGGGUGACGGCAGACAGCAAGUCUGGACGCACCGGCUGACUUUAGAUACGGAGCAGUUGCUUAGGCGUUCGAUCGCCGAGAAGUGGCUCGCGGAGCAUCCCGGAAUUCCGGAGGGUGCGCUCGCGUUUGAUCUGUUUGCCAAGGACAGCUGGAUGCCAUUGGACACAGACAAUCCGGAGGCUCUUGGCUGGGACCCUUCAACGCCUUUGCGGUUGCUGGCUUAUCCCACCGACGAGCGCUUCAUUUUCCAGCCCGCCUUGCCCUCCUCGCCGUCGCCUUUGCCGAUGGCCGAAGCGGAGGCCCGGGAAGCCGACAAAAGCUGUUCGGAGGAGGCGAAAGAGAAUGAAAGCACCGAGCGGAAGGUGCAUCGCGAGGCGUCGCCUGAGAGGCAGCCUGCCAAAAAGACGCCAACGAAGACGAAGGUCAAGCGCGUCAGCAAGAGGCCCAAAGAGAAGGCGAAACCCGCCGCUGCACCUCGCAGCCGCAGCCCGCGACCCGCGCCGGAAGGCCCUUUCCCAGGCGACGAUCUGCCCGUCAUCUUCCAGCAGGCGAACCCGCGAAAGGUGGGCAAGGAUCCUUGGGAAAGGUAUGAGAAGUACAAGGUUGCGCGGACCUUGCGCGAAGCUCGUGAGCUUGGCGCUUUUUCAGGCGACUUGAGAUGGGACUGGUCGAAAGGAUACUUUGAGCUCCAGUGA